GUGUAUAACCAACCUUUGAACGAACAUAUUUUAUUUAAUAUGCAAAGUUUACUAGAAAGGUCAACGAAUAAACUCCAAGUGCUCUGUGGGACGUUUUCUUGUAUGAAAAAAGUCAACAGUUUGAAAGACUCUCGAAUUUCACCAACAUUUUUGACCUUUGAUGCCAUAGCACGAAAUUCCCCUCUAGAAGAAUGGUUUAGAGCUCAUGUGGUACAUAAAACCCUUUCAGGGAAAUAUUUUGAGACUCAUUUACACGAAGCGACGAAGUUAGCUCUUCUUUGGCGCUAUGGUGGAACGAUCGUAGACCCGUUUCUACGAAUUCAUGAAAAACAAUCUCGGAAACUUGACCGAAUUCUUGAAGCUUGCAUUGCAAAGAUUCCGAACCACAAUUCAUCUGAAAUCCUGUAUGCUUUUAAAUUUAAAAAACGCCAUCCGUUUGUGAAAAUGCUUUUGAGUAUAUUCGCAAAGCUCCAUCACCGACUCUGCUAUUUGGGACAGUAUUGCAACACGUUGAAUUACAAUUUUAACAUCCAGUCGUGGAUAGCGCUUGAGAAUUUUUGCAAAAACGACAAUCGUUGCCCAAAAACCGUUAAAAUUUUGGCGCAAAAGACUGGUUAUAAAAUACCCAGUGAAAAACUUGAUACAAAUUUCAAUCGGACGAAUUCAAAAUCUCUUUCAACUGGUUUACAAAAUUUUGCCAGGAUUCAAUUUUUUCCUUCUGAUGGAACAGCUCCUGGUAGUUCUAGAAACAAUGGCAAACUUUUGCAACACAGGUCAGGUUUAUUGCCACAAUUUAAAACGCUUUUCCGAUCACCAACGAGCCUCGCUGAAAUGCUCGCCUUAGGAAAGUAUUUUUCGUUGAAAUAUAUCGAGUCUUCGUUUAAAAUUGCGCCAGUUGGUUGCCUUGAUAUGAGGACGGUCGAUUUUCUAAGAUCUAACAAAGUCGACGCUUAUUUAUCCGCGGGAAUCGGCCUGCUAACCAAACCUCCGGUAAUCCGUGAAGUUUCAAGGAAUAAGAUUUAUAUUGUGAGUUUAAAUGAGACCUUAUUAGAUCAAUUCCCAAGGGAAAUUCAAGAAUAUGGUAUUCGUUUGAGUCUUGGUAAAAAAAGUGAAUUAAAUCUACGUAGAUGGAUCAAAUCUUUACAUGUCUUUCUGAAAAAAAUUGCGAGGGCGAAGCUGGUGAUUACUGGAGAUUUUCAUUGUGCAAGCGUCGCUCUGGCCUUCGACACACCAGUGUUUUACGUUCAGACUCAAAACGCUUCAAAACGACGGGGACAACAUUCGUCAUCAGUCUUCCAUACAUGCAACACGAAAGACCGUUCUCUGAAUGCAUCUGACGCGGUGUUAAUUUCCAAGUUGUUGUCUGGUGAAAUCCCAGCGGCAGCUGAUCUCAGUCUCUUCAUGAGACUUCGAGCAACUACCUGGAGUGCUAUGCGCGAGAAUGAAGUUGUUCGGGAAUCCGGAUUGAAGUUCGGCAUCGUUCCCUUCCCUCGACCACGUUCAAACACAGUAGAAAAUAAUACAUUUCAUUUGAUUUUCACGACUUCUGAGCGAAGUUUGAUUGUUUUAGAAGACGAUACUGGAAGUAAUAAAGUGACAGGGAUCUUCGCCUGGCGCCAUUGGCGUUGUGUGGAAGCCAUAUUUUAUCAUCAUCCCAUGGCAACCGUAAUCAUCCACAGUAAUACACUAUCAUCGAGUGUAUUCGAUGUUCUCAGCAGAGUCUGGGUAUCGCAUUCAAGUGAAGCCGUAUAAUCUCACAGCGUUAGCUGAAGGUACACCAGCUGAAGUGUUCGUACAAGAUGAACUUCCGUAUGCUAAAGAAGGUAAACAUUGGUACAGUCACGAGACGGACCUCCUUCGAUUGUUGAUUCUUUACAAAUACGGCGGUAUUUACAUGGAUAUUGACGUUAUCAUCGUCCGUGAUUUACACGACCUUCCGUUAAACACGAUAGGCUGGGAGAGCGGCUCGAAUCUAAACGGAGCAUUUCUAAAAUUCCAAAGCGGCCAUCCUUAUCUUCACGCAUGCAUAGUGCGAUUCUCGGAACGCUACUCGCAAGCAUGGUCGGACAACGGUCCUUUGCUUCUGAGCCGAGUGUGGCGCGAGUGGUCGUCGACGAAUCCCGAUAAUGACGUCACCACGGCAUCGCCGAUAGCGUUCUAUAUGUUUUUCUAUCGCAGCAUACGUCAGAGUUGCUUUGAAGAUACGUCUGGCGUAGAUUUUGAUGAGAAUUGGAAGAUAUUGAGAAGUCAGACGUACGCCGUACAUUUGUAUUCGAAAGUGACGGCCGAUUAUGGCGGUGAAAAUAAUAAGAUUAAAGAAGGAACCCUUUGUAAAUACAUUCUUAAUGCCUUCUGUGUGUUGUGCAUUAAAGUUUAUUGAA